AUGAUUCGCCGCGGCAUCGAGCCAGAUGUGCUCAUGUACACGUUGCUAAUCUCCACCAUGGGCCGCGCUGGCCUUGAGUGGCAGGCGUACAAGCUCUUCUCUCGCAUGAUCGAGCAGAACAUCCAGCCUCUACCCGAGACAUACGUUGCACUGCGCGACGCCACCUCGCGGAAGCGUGUGGCUUUACGGGAGCAAAUUCAAACCAAAAUUGAGGAAGCAGUGGAUGUGUUCCCGGAGGAGCUGGCCAAAGCGGAGCGUGAGCAGCAGAGGGAAGAAGACCGGCGCUGCAUCGCCAAGUUCAACGAGUACAUGCGUGGAGUUCUGCCCGCCACAACUUCGAGCGCGCCAAUGUCAGCACCAUCGUCGACUGCCACGCGUGUUGCACCCGCAGCUGAUGGGACAGCGUCUGGAGAUUGCGCUGAUGCACAUCCGAGCGCUUCCGAAGCAAAUGCAAGCUCAUCCGGCGAUACCAUCACCACCAUGCACAUCCGCAAUCCCACCGAUGCGUGGAACACGACACAGAUGGCACAGGGUGUUCGCAGCCAUGCACAGUCCAUGGCAAAGGGCAACACUGCUGUUGAGCUGCGUGCGUCUCUUGAACGUAUGGACGAGGAGGAGCUACGCAUCUACCUGGCCGCGCAGCGCCAGCUCCGCCAUGGCACGAAGGCGCAGCUUAUCGAUCGCGUCCUGAAAACAGUGAGUGCAGGCUCGAUUCGUGUCAUGCUGGAGCGCCGGUCCCACUACUUUCGCUCUGUGGAACAAAUCCUGGCCGCCGACCUGCGGCAGCUCAACAUGUCAGGCCCCGCAGAUGUCACGCUGGUGUCGACUACAGACGGCGGUGCCCGUGCAGAUGCUGAGCGGGACCGAACCCUAGAGAACGCGGAUAAGGAGUCGAUGACACCAGAGGUUCUCUACGCCCCGUGGGGUAUCCUGCGAAAGCCGCAGCGCCGACGCAGCGAGCUGUCGCCGCCUCGCAACGCGGAGCGGCUGGAGCGCGUUCGCUUGUCCGAGCCGGAGUUGCUUCUCGUUCGCAGCAAGGCAGAGACAAAUGACCUGGAUGAGCUCCCAGAGUCCUUGCUCCGGCGCUACGCGUACCAGUUUCAGCUUCGCUGGCGUCGUAAGGAGGGGGCGGCGUCACUCCUACAAGCCGUGCAGUGGCAUGUUACGACCUAUGUUGCAAGCGUGCUUCAUCGUGGAGGUGAGGGAGCAGGGUCAGCCGAGUCACUGGCGUCUCCGGUACCCACGCCACCGAUUCGACUACAGAAAGAGGCUGAGGGGAUGCAGGAAACACUCGACAACUACGAGGCCUUCCGCGUGAUCGCGCAGCGUACGAAUAAUCUACAAGUGGUGGAUAGCAAGGAGAUCAAUCGCCACCUGCGACACGUGCGCCGGGAUGCCGUGCGGCGCGAGCACAAGAUGGAGAACGCGCUCCGGCGAGAGCGGCACGUAAUGGAGGCGGCCGGGCUCGCUGCGUCCGCCAAGUCGUUCACGCCGCCACCUCCGGGGGAUGACGGAGAGAUGCAGGUACUCGGCGUCAUGGCGGGGACGCCACUUAGCGGCGCCGGCCAAGGAGCGGUGCUGGAACCUACCUCUUCGCUGUCGUCAGCGCUGGUGGAAUCGCAGAGCCGCGGUGGUACCGGCGAGGCGAGUGGUGAGGGUGAGGACGAGGCUACUGCAAGCGAGCUGCCGCCGUGGGCGCUGUUCGAGGAGGAGGACGAGUUCAAUUUGUCUACUGGUCACUUUGGUGACCCCGAGGUAGGCCGAUUCCAGGAGCUGAGCGACUCGAGAAUGCAGGUGCUGCCGUCUCGUACCGCGCAGGCGCAGUGGUCCAUUGACCGUCAGCUUCUCCCCACUCCGCUCAAGAACAUUGUACAAGAAGCGGAGCUGGAGCAGCACCAGAGGCAUGAGGCGAUCGAGAAGGAGUACGAGCGGCGCCUGCAGUAUGCGAAGUACCGCAAGUGGGAUAGCAUGAUCACCAAGGCUCAGGAGAGGCGACGGCAGGCGCAGGGCGACAGCGAAGAAGAGGAGGGAGCUAGCGCGGUGGCGCCACUACCGGCGAAGCGCCGCCUUGCACAGUUGCUUCGCAAGGGUCGGGAUAGACAGAAGGUGUCGGCAGCAGUGCAGGUCAAGUACAGCCGCAGUUUGUAA